AGUAGCAAGUUCAACUAGUCUUAUGUUAUGCAGUUCGUAUCUAUCUAUUGUAUCUUUGUUUAAGAAAUAAAUAUCUAAUUCAUGUGGGUGAGUAAAAUUGUGUGAUUACAAGUGUUUUUUCGAAGAAUGGAGAAUCAAGAGGAGGAAUCGAAGAAUGAUGGGGUUGUGAGAUGGGAGAAAUUCUUGCCUAAAAUGGUGAUGAGGGUUUUGUUGGUUGAGUCUGAUGAUUCCACUCGCCAGCUCAUCACUGCGCUUCUUCGAAAAUGUAGUUACAAAGUUGCUGCUGUUGCUGAUGGCCUAAAGGCAUGGGAGUUGCUGAAAGGAAGGCCACAAAAUGUAGACCUUAUACUGACAGAAGUGGAGCUGCCAUCUAUCUCUGGAUUUGCUCUUCUUACGUUGAUCGCAGAGCAUGACGUCUGCAAAAAUAUUCCUGUGAUAAUGAUGUCUGCACAUGAUUCAGUUAACACAGUCUAUAAAUGCAUGCUUAGAGGUGCUGCUGACUUCCUUGUCAAGCCUGUUAGGAAAAAUGAACUCAAGAACUUGUGGCAGCAUGUUUGGAGAAGACAAUCUCAGUCAGUUAGUGAAGGACCCCAAGCUACAAGUGAUGCACAACAAAAAGUGGAAGCCACCGCUGAGAACGAUGCUGCUAGUAAUCAUUCAAGUGGUUAUGAGGCAUGUGUUCAAAGAAAUCGGGAAUGCAUUGAGAAAGGCAGUGAUGCCCAGAGCUCUUGCACAAAACCAGAUUUAGAAGCUGUGGAAGCAAACUUGGGACAUAAGCAGGACCUCACACAACAAAAGCAGAAAAAAUCUCUAAUUAGUGACAUAAGAAUGCAGAAGUUUGGCCAGUGUGUCAAGGAAAGUGCACAAAUACUGAUGCAUGGCGGGGAUGCCUAUGGAUUACCUGCAGUUCCAAAUACCACUGAUAUGUCAACUUCGUCAAGGGACAAUGUGGCUGCCGAUGGGCAAUGGAAAUGUGCUAUUGUCAGUUCUGAAACUUUAGAUAAGAACAAUGUUCGUGCUGACUGUUCUAGGGAAGCAAUUGACUUAAUUGGUUCAUUUGAUAAAUACCCUACGCGCAGUAACAGAAGCUUAGGCUCAACCUAUGGCACAAACAAGGUUGAUUCUUCCUCAUUGUUGGACCUUACUCUUAGAAGAUCUCAUCCCAGUGGCUCGGUCAAUCAAGAUACAGAUGAUGGGCAUAAGCUAAAACAGUCAGAUGCCUCAGCCUUUUCGCGGUACGUGAGCAACAGGACAAUCCAGCCCCCACAUUCAACAUCUGCAAGCACUUCCAAUCGACAAAAAGGUUAUGAAACCAGUUCUGAUAAACAGAGAUCCAAUCAAGCCUUUGAUUACAAUUCUGAUACUCGAGCACCUGCAAUUGGUCCCGAUUUUAAUAAUUUAUCCCUGAUAACUAGUCAACUUGGACAAGGCGAAAUUCAGUCUCCUUCCCCUCAGCAGAGAGUAGUAAUUCCUGUCACAGUUCCAGUCAGAGGUGUGAAUCUUGGCAGUCAAUCGAAUGUCAAUCGUUCUGCAAUACCUUCUGUGUUCUUUUCACAAUCAACUCGGUCCCAGUUGCAGAGCCCAAAUUCAACUAAUUGCCAGAAUCCUGCCAUUCAGGUUAAUCAAUCAUAUCCGUUUGAUUCUCAAACCAAAAGCUCUCCGCAACUACUUUAUGUGAUGGACCAAAACGCCAACGUGGCCUCCCCUGACCAGAUGGAUCAUAAGCAAGGUCAUAAACUAGAUAUUUCAGGAGAUCGAGGACAUAUUUCGUCAGCUACUGAUCAGAGCGGUAGUAGCAGUUUCUGUAACAGCACUUUGAACCGUAUUAACAGUAUAAACAAUGGGAACAACAGCAAUGCAAAUUUAUAUCCAAAUGUGAAAUUUGGUCCAAUGUCUGGAAGUGAGGUUACUGCCCUUAUCAAGGACGGAAGUCAUCAUUCUACUCGAAGAGAAGCUGCAUUAACUAAAUUCCGCAUGAAACGUAAAGAUAGAUGCUUUGAGAAGAAGGUGAGGUAUGAAAGCAGAAAAAAACUUGCAGAGCAACGCCCUCGGGUGAAAGGGCAGUUUGUUCGGCAGCUGCAAGGUGGCGAUCCGUCUAUUGAAACUGAUAAUCACAAUGUAGACUCCUCGGCCAGUUAGCAAGAAACUUACUGUUUUUUUGAGCCUAGGUAAAAUCAGAAAGCGCCAACGCCACCCAUACAUCUUGUUAUGAAUAUAGCUCAUGUAGAUUGUCUUUGUUUUCUUUCCAGGACUAGAGUUUUUUUUUUUUUUUUUUGGUCGACAAGAUUGUAGAUUGUUUUUGUUGUUAUAUAGGAUUUCAUAAAUGAUUAUAUAGGCAUGUAUAAUUAUGUGUUGCACUAGAAUGCAGUAGGUUUUCCUGUUUUUAUGUACAGAGGCCUUUUCUUUCU